AUGGCACAGGGCCUUGCUUGGCGGGAGGAAAGCUCGCUGGUGGAAGCACAGCAAUUCUUCCCGGCAAUAGAUGUUCUUCAUCAACUAGGCCUCGUGAAAGAUGUUCAACAGCCCUCAGAGACGACAGUGCCCUCAACAUCUCUGUUACCUCAGGGUGUUCGUCUAACCGUAUCAGGAGUUGUACUAACUAGUGAUGCACAUAUUGAGUCACCCAUCACUCAAGUCAUACCAUCAAAUCUAGGACAUCAGUUCACCAUAUUAGUUGGGUUGUACUCUUACAGAGUAAAUAAUGCUUUCCUUUUCAGUAUUAGGAACAAAAGCAGACUGCAGUUUGGUGUCCAGUUGCUACCAAGAAAGGUAGUGGUGUACACUGGAGGGAAGCAGUCUGUAUGCUUUGAUUAUAGUGUUCAUAAUGAACAAUGGCAUUCAUUUGCCAUUGACAUUAGCGACAAGACUGUCUCGAUAUUUGCUGAGUGCGGAAGGAAGUACUAUAGCAGGGAAAUACUUUCUGAAGUGGAGACAUUUGAUUUGGAUGGUUUAUUUACCCUGGGAAGGAUGAACUCUCACUCUGUCAGCUUUGAAGGAGUUAUAUGUCAGCUAGAUAUUAUUCCCUCUGCAGAAGCCUCUGCAAACUAUUGUAAAUAUGUGAAACAGCAGUGUCGCCAGGCUGAAACGUAUCGAUCUCUGCUGGGAGCUCCACAUGUGUCAGAUGGCCUGGAUGUUUUUUCAAAGAUGAUGAUUGAUGAGAAAAACCAGUCAGAAGGCAUAUCAGCUUAUAGAAGGGAAGAAACAUCAAACAAUCCUGUUACCAGUGUUGCUCAGAUUCACUUUCUAUCAGAAUACUUUGAGUCAAGAAAUCUCUCUGCAUCGGAGUUUCCUGAGGCCAAACCUCUGUUGCUGGAAGCUUGGCCUGAAAGAGAACUCCAGGAGAAUGUCAAUCUGCCUCUUCAGCAGGCGACAAGUGAAAAAAGAUACGUCACUAAAACCCUCACAGGAUCAUAUCCAAAUACUCUAGAUAAUACCACAGAAGAUGCAGGCAGGCAAAGUGAGCCUUCUCUGAACUCCCCUGUAAAACAGAGUAAAGCUAAAAGCAAGGGAGCGGACAAAGCAAAACACCAUUUAGAUGAACCAAGCAAAAAGCAGCAAAUCUUCAACACAACGCUGUAUGGUUUGCCUGCUGUCCCCUCUCUGGAUAAUCAAGUCAGUCCAGGACAGGAAGGUGCAUUUGAUGCUGAUGAGACUUAUCACAUGGAAAACAGUUAUGAUAUUGGUAUUGAUAAUUAUGCUUAUGACUAUGAAGAUCUUGACAAAAUGUUUGAAAUGGGAAGUGUCAGAGGUCCAAAGGGGGAAACUGGACCUCCUGGUCCUCCGGGUCCUCCAGGUUUACCUGGUCCAUCAGGAAAGAGAGGUCCUCGGGGUAUUCCAGGACCACAUGGUAAUCCAGGUUUGCCAGGAUUGCCAGGUCCAAAGGGCCCUAAAGGAGACCCAGGAUUCUCUCCAGGACAGGCAAAACGUGGAGAAAAGGGUGAUCCAGGCCCCAUAGGCUUUCCAGGCCCACCUGGGACCAAAGGCCAAAAGGGUCUUAAGGGUUAUCUGGGACUGGGAGGGCCACGUGGUGAGCAGGGCUUAGCUGGACCAGAAGGUAACCCAGGUCCUAAAGGUGUAAGAGGUUUCAUUGGACCUCCAGGUGUGGCAGGGCAACCAGGACCUGAAGGAGAAAGG